AUGGCGCUCACCCGUCCUCUUCGCCGCUCGACUUUCUCCUCUUUGGCCUCUCUCCUUUGUUUAGUGGACGACGACAAGAUGAAGCUUCUGUUCGCUUUCCUUGCCUCUUUUGUGGCUGUUGCCAAUGCACAAGGCAGCGUCAACUACUGUGAUGUCUACGUCGAGCAAUGCAUGGAAGUCACGGUGGGAACAUGCAGUGGAUCGGAGGUACAAUACUGCCUCCAAGAUCAGAGUGGCUCCAGUUGUGACGAUGGAACCGGGUCCUGUGUUUGUAAGAGUGACAGCAGUGUCAGUGACACCUACUCUCACAUUAAUAUCUAUGUGGAUGGCGUUGACUUGUCGGCAGAAUCGUCUCGUCUCUCGGACACAGGUUUUUCGGAUACCUGUAAUGACUCCAGUGGAAGCAGCAAGGGAUGUGGGUUGGUAGAUUCCAGUGGCUCGCCAGCACAAGGAGUAAAGUAUGAUUCAAGCAAAGGCGGUCUUUGUGUGACAGUACCUCUGGCAAGUGAUGGAUCGCACCCUAAAGUUGUGUUUGGUGUCAAGGAUCGUGGAAGUUGUGGCAUUUAUGGUUCUGCUGGUAGUUGGUCAUGCUCAAGCGACUGCCAUUGCGGUGGAAAUCACGCCUGUGUAUAUGAGACGCCGGCUUCUUGCCCUUACACUGGUUCUGCUCCAACCAAAGCUCCCACUAAAGCACCCACUAAAGCACCUACACAGGCACCAACCAAAGCUCCCACUAAAGCUCCCACUAAAGCACCUACAAAGGCACCAACCAAAGCUCCCACGGCCGCUCCGGUUGAUGGUCCCACGGCCCCGCCCACUAAAGCACCCACUAAAGCACCAACCAAAGCUCCCACCAAAGCUCCCACAGCCGCUCCGGUUGAUGGUCCCACGGCCCCGCCCACCGAACCCCCAACGGAUGCUCCGGUUACCAGCUCCACGCCUGCUCCCUCAACAGCUCCCGUUUCCUCUCCAACCGACAGCGAAGACGGUUGCAGUAACUCGUACGGUGGAGGAGGUGGAGGUGGAGGUGGAGGCAAUUGGGGUAGCAGCGACGAUUCCGGUUGCUAUGGUGGCGGCCAUGGAGGAGGUUGCGGCUGCGGAGGCAGAGACAGGAGUAUCUGCUUCUCCAGUAGUGCCAUUGUGCAAGUUCAGCACAAAGGUGACAUUUCCAUGAAGGACCUUCAAGUGGGUGAUAAGGUCUUGACCAGUGGAGGACUGUACCAGCCUGUGUACAGCUUUGGGCACCGUCAUGAGUCCAAGGUUGCUACCUUUCUGCAAAUCUUUACAGACCAGCAGAAGAAACCUCUUGAAUUGUCAGGAAAGCAUUUGAUCUACAUCAUUGAUGGCAACAAGCAAAAGGCCAUUCCUGCGGAUCAGGUCAAGAUUGGGGAUCGCGUGGCUGUGGUUGGAUUCGAGCAACCCUCAAGUCCGGUCACAAAGAUCUCACUAGUGCAAAAGGAAGGACUAUACAUGCCCCUGACACCUGACGGCACCAUUGUGGCGGAUGGAAUUGUGGCAUCGACCUAUGUUUCAAUCCACAAUGAUGCCCCUGAGGGCAUUUCUACAGCCAAGGACUACUUCUGGAUGAGUGAUCAAACUAUCUUCCACCUAUGGUUGUCGCCUUACAGACUACUAUGCAUGGGCGGUUCAUCCAGUUUCUGUCAAUCUCCCGAUCCAUCCAACAGUGACGGUAUCAUUCCCUGGCUCCAGGCUGGAUUAAAGUGGGCAGACUUUGCGGAAGGCUUGGGAUUUUGGUCACGCAUCAUUUUGGUUGGCAUCCCAGUGUUGGUUGUUGUCCUUUCUUCAUUUGCACUUGAAACAUUCUUUGGAGGACCAGCCUUGGCACCUCUGGGAGUUUUGGUUGCUGGUACUGUCAUGUGUUUGCUCCGGAAGAAGCGUGGUCCAGCUUCCAAAAAGAAGCUUGCCUGA